AUGACCUCGAACCCUCCUCAGUCGGGCCCCCAAGGACAAAGCACCGCUACACCCGCUUCGACCCAGCCCGCAUCUUCCCAGCCCACCCAGGCUGCUACUUCCUACGCCAACGCGACCAAGAAGUCCGCGACGGACUCGACCGCCGCCUCCGCCACCGUGAGCGGCUCAGCGCAUAAUGGGCAGCAGAGUUCUGAAUCUUCAGUGAACGGAAAACCCAUGCAAAACCAACCUGCCGCUUCGGGCGUCACCAUCGUCAAUGGGGCUCCCACUGCUCCAGCUGCCGGCGAUCACUCUCGCAAGCCCUCUGUGACCAUCACUUCCAGUGGUACCUCUGGAUAUAUUCCCAACGGUGGCGCUCCUGCCAGCCGCCCCAACAGCCUGCAGUUCGGGUUCGCAAACCAACAGAGCUCCCCCAACAUGGGUGCUCCCGCUGUCCCUGCUUCCAACCAGGCUCAGUCUGGUCUCGGUGCGCCCUCCACCAACCCCCGUGUGACGUCUCCUCAGACCUCACCCUCGCCCAUCCCUCAGCCCGCUUCUAGCGGUGGUCGUCCUCCUCCAUCUACUUACCAGGCUCAAGGAAAUGUGCCCAACUUCGGUAGCUUUGGAGAAACCGGUGAUGCCAACGCCCCCCACGGACCUCCUCACAUGCGCCGCGAGUCAUCUCAGUCCACUCACAGCGAUAACAUGAACGGUCCUGGUCGCGGUGGUUACCCUCACCAGGGUGGCCGUGGUCGCGGAUACUCUCAGUCUGGAUACCAGGGACAACAGAUGCCCUACUCACCCAACCCUAGCUUCCGCCAGACCCCCAAUCAACCACGAGGCGGUCCCAACAUGGCUCCCCAGUUCCACGGCCCCAACCAAGGCCGCCCCCUGGCUCCCUACUCUCCUCACCAAGCCCAACGUAGCCCUGCCUUGGCCAAUGUUAACCCCACCACUCCCCAGAUGGGUCAGGUCCCUAUGGCUCACCCUAACAUGCCCCCCCAGCCCUACGGUUACGGCCAACACAUGGGUCCCCAAGCUGUGAGCCCCCCCUCUUCUUUGCCCCCUCGUGCUUCCCAGAACCCCCCGCGCCGUGGAAACCACCAGAAAUUCAGCAACUCCAAACGUUUUGGAAAGCAACAAGAGCCGGUCUAUUCAACCAGACUUCCCAUGGAUCUUGCGCCUGAGAGUGGUCAAUUUGAACAAUUUCUGACAUAUAUGCAACAACAACAGGCUUACACCGGUGGCUACGAUCCCAACUACGCCGGUUACUACAACCAAGCUGGUAGUGGUUACUACAUGACUCCGCCGUCGCCUCAACCUCGUGCUGCGGGUAUGCCUUACAACAACAACCAGUACAUGGGUCAGCAGUACCCUGCGCCGAUCCCCCAGGCGGCUCCGCUUUCGCGUACCCCCUCCCAAGUUUCUACUGAUCGUCCAGGUUCGAGCCUUGGCCAAGGACCUGCUCCCACUGGCCCUGCUACCCCCGGUCACACUCACACUGCCAGCCGAACUUCCAACUCCCCUGCUCCCAAGCCACACUUCAUCAUUCCUUCCGCUAAGAAGAGUGCGGCGAUUGUCAUCAAGGAUCCUAACAGCGGCUCUAUCAAGACUUUCGACAAGAACCCCGGAUCUCCUGCGCGCGCUACUCCUUCCCCCGUAAAAUUCAGCACUCCUCCCACAUCUACUCCCCCACCUCGCACUGCCAGCGCCGCCGAGCACACUCGUUCCGACAGCAAGGCCAACGCUGCCAAGACUGAUGAGGAGAAGAAGCAGGAGUUGAAGGAUGCCGUCCGCUUGAAGAUUCAGCAAGACGAGGCUGCCCAAAAGCAGCGUCUCGCCGAGGAGGCUUCCAGCAAGCCCACCGAAGCCGAACCCACCCCUGCUAAGAAGGACGAAGUCGAGACUGCUCGCGCUGCCGUUGAGGAUCUUUCCAUCAAGGAGAAGGCUACUCCCGUCGAGGAGACCAAGCCAGUCCCCGCGGAGGAGCCCAAGCAGGCCCCGGCUCCUGCCCCUGCCCCCGCUCCCUUGGAUGACGAUGAAAUCGACUUUGAUGCCAUUGAGCGUGAGAUGGCCGAGAUAGAGGCCAAGGAGCGUGCUGCCGAAGAGGAUUACAACCGAAGCAAGGCCGAGAAGAAGGAGAAGGCUGAGCGCCAGGAGCGCGAAGAGCUUGAGAAUUACGAGGCCAACAUGAAGAAGGCCGAGGCUGAAGCUGAAGCUCGUGAGAUUGCUCGCGAGCAAGCUCGUGCUAACGGUGGAUCUGCCACGGAGGAUAGCAAGGACAUGUUCGCCGCUCUCAAGAAGGGUGGCCUUGGUGCCACCGAGACCAACACUGAAAGCGGCGCCGACACUCCCGUCUCUGACAUGGGCCCUCCUUCCAAGCCCGCCAGCGCUGCUGCCAAGAAGCCUGCUGGCCUCAAGCUCGAUACCCCCAAGCCCACAGAGCCUUUGCAGCCUACUGCGGCCAUGAAGUCACUCGAAAACGCUAAGUUCCUUGUUGAUCUCAGCAAGGUUACUUACCCAUCCUCAAUCAACCCUCCCAACGCUGUUCUGAAUGAUGCCGCUCCUGAGGGUCGCAAGUUCCACUACGACCGGGACUUCUUGAUGCAGUUCCAGGCCGCUUUCAAGGAGAAGAUCUCAGUUGACUGGGACUCACGCGUGCGUGACACCGUUGGUGACCCUACUGACUCUGCCCGCCAGGGUAGCCGCACCCCCAGCAUGGGCGGUGGCCGCAACCCCUCUCGUGGUGGCAUCGGUGGUGGUAACUUCCAGAUGGGCGGUUUCGUUGCACCACGCCCUGGUCAAUUGCCUCCUAUGGGCGGUAAUUCCAUUUCUCGCAACCCGUCUGGCUUCGGAUUCGGACGAGGCGGACCUGCUGGCAUGACCAACCUCAACAACAUGCGUACUGGCUCUGGUGUUGGUCCCCGCACUGGCUCCAAGGGUGGCCGCAACGACAGCAAGGCUGGUGGCCGUAGCAAGGCCGGUGGUCGUAAGGACGAGGAGCAGAACAAGGCCAUGCCCCUCACCGCUGGUAUGGACCUCAAGGCCAUUCAAACCUCCGCAAGCGGCUGGAAGCCCCGCAGCGUUGGCCAAACCACUGCUGGUCCCGCCCCUGGUGGUGACACCCACAUGGCUCCCGAUGUCGUGCAGCGUAAGGUCAAGGCUGCUCUUAACAAGAUGACACCCGAAAAGUUCGAUCGUAUUGCUGGCCAGAUCCUCGAAAUUGUUUCCCAGUCCAAGGAUGAGAGCGACGGCCGUACUCUGCGCCAAGUCAUCCAGCUCACUUUCGAGAAGGCUACUGACGAGGCUCACUGGGCCCCCAUGUACGCCAAGUUCUGCAAGAGCAUGCUUGAGAGCAUGAGUGCCGAUAUCAAGGAUGAGAACAUCCGCGACCGUAACGGCACCGUUGUUGCCGGUGGCAGCUUGUUCCGCAAGUACCUGCUCAACCGUUGUCAAGAGGAGUUCGAGCGUGGUUGGAAGGUCAACCUGCCCGAUAAGCCCGAGGGCACCACUGAAGAGGCUGCUAUGAUGUCUGACGAGUACUACAUUGCCGCUGCUGCUAAGCGUCGUGGUCUUGGUCUUGUCAAGUUCAUUGGUGAGCUUUACAAGCUUGGCAUGCUUACAGAGCGUAUCAUGCACGAGUGUGUUAAGAAGCUUGUCGACUACGAGGGUAUUCCCGAUGAGGCCGAGGUUGAGAGUUUGACCUCCCUCCUCCGCACCAUUGGUGCCAGUCUCGAUGCCUCCGAGAAGGGCCCUGCUAUGAUGGAUGCCUACUUCGCUCGCAUUCACCUCAUGGUUGAGACCCCCAACCUGCCCAGCCGUCUCCGCUUCAUGUUGCUGGAUAUCAUUGAUCUCCGUGCCGCCCGCUGGAACUCCAAGGAGGGUGACAAGGGUCCUCAGACCAUUGUUGAGAUUCGUGAGGCUGCUGCCCGUGCUGCUCAAGCCGCUGAGGCCGAGCGCCAGCGCCAGACCAGCAACCGCGGCGGCGGUGGCCGCAUGCCCAUGGGCCGCGGUGACGCCCGUGGCUUCGGAUACGGCAACCAGGCCCCUCCCCCCGACUAUGCCUCCAGCAAGGUUGGCAGUGAUGAUCUCCGUCGUCUGCGCGCCACCCGCAACACCAACCAGCCGAUGUCUUUCGGUCCCUCUAACCUCCUCGGCUCGCGCACCAACAGCGGUCGCAAGAACCUCGGCCCCGGCGGCAACCUAGUCCGUGGCAGUGACGACAGCGCCGCCAGCUCUCGCACUGGUACUCCCCCCGCCGGCAAAAAGGAAGACAAGGACACUGCUUCUAUGAACGCUUUCAGUGCUCUCGCCGCCCUCGAAGACCGGGAUAACAUGGCUACCUCGCCUCCAUCCAACCCUACCUCUCCGAUGCUCACCAAGUCGCAGCCCGCGGCCGAACGUCGCCCCUCAAAAACCCCGUCUGUCAAGGAUGGCGAGCCCACAGCAUAG